AUUUGUUGCAGAUCGCAUGAUCGAGAGACUUUUCCGGCGCCAUGUCAGCGGUGAUGAGUACGCUGUCCAUGAUCAGCGGCGGGCGUCGCGCGCAUCGCAAGCUCGCUUCCAGUGGACGCAAGUCGGGGCAGUUCAGCGACGCGGGCGAGGAGCGCACGCGCAGCCAGCAUGACCUCAACCGACAGCAGCGAUCCGCUUCACUGCAAACCUUGGAGACAGGUGGUACCGGGGUCGUCAACCUCGAGAGCCUGGAGGCAAAGAUGGCGAGCAUCGAGGUAUCUUUAGCGGGUGCGCGCAGACGCAGCGCGGGCAGAGAGAUUGGACGCGAGCUGGACGCGUUGCGGUCCGCACUCACGGAUAAAGAUACUCUUAUACAAAGUCUAAAAAAGCAACUUAGCGCAUCACUAAGCGCGGCGAGACUGGCGUCCACCAUGUCGUCGCCGACAUCGCCGCGCGGCAGUCCUCGCGAGGAGGCUGCCACCACGUUAUCUGCGGAUGAACGGAGGUCGCUGGAGGAGCGCGCCGUUGCCGUGCGGGCCGACCUCGAGGCCAGAAAGAACAACAUACAAGAUCUCAGGCGCCGGCUUGAAAAGACCCACGUUACUGACAACAUCGACACGCGCAUCCAGCAGGCGGAGCUGCAGUACAAGCUGGGUCGUGAAGAGUUGGAGCUGUUGACGCUGGGUGAGCAGGCACGCGCACUCGCGCAACUCAUCGAGCAGGCAGACGCCGCUGCUCGCCGCUGCCACGCGCCGUCGCUAUACAGCAUGGUGCGCGAAUACGGCGGUAGCGCAGCCCUAAUGGCGGCGGAGGCACGCGAGGGUACAUGGGGUGCUGCGUCACGGCACAAUCACCUCGCCAUCGAGUGGCCUGGGGACAACACUGCGCUUAGAGCCGGCGACAGGUUAGUGGAAGUGAACGGCGUAUCAAUGCUGUCGUGUCGAAGCCAGGAGGAGCUGCAGCAAGCCAUCAGCACCGCUAACCCUGCCAAGCUGGUGCUUAUCCGCGGACAGCAGACGCAUUCUGCCGGUCCCGUUCAGCCUAAAUUUUCACAGAACGAAGUGUCGUCUUUACGGUCAGAGUUGGGCUCUCUGAAAACGGCUGCGGAGGAAGCCGAGAAGGCGAAAGAGGACCUCCGCACGGACAAUACGCGCCUCACACAUCGUAUCUCGUAUUUGGAGGAGCAGGUCGCCGAGCUGCUCGCUAGACAUACACAGCUGCAUUCAGUGAGCAGCAACGACAGCAGCUGCAUCACGGUUAACAAAUCGAAGAAGAACGUAACAAACAUCAACAUCACCACAGAACCGCACUCGAACAAACCCAGCCCCAAGUCUGAAGUGCAAGUGUUCCAAAAAGGUCCCGAUGUUACUGCUAUCGUGGCAAAGCUGCCGGGGCUAGACGGCAUGGAGUCCAACUUGCCAGUGAUGAGGCCGCGGUCCAACGCGUCCGGCGCGUCUUCUAGGGCGGCAGUGUCGCCGCGAGCGUCCCCCGCUCCCAACCACACUCACCGGUCCCACAGCUCGCACAGCACGGAGCACCGGCCGGGGCGCAUGCGCCACGCGCUCUCGCACCAUUGCAUUCACGGCGGCGCGGUGGACUACAACGCCGAGACCGACGCAGCCAUCCGCAUGAUAGAGCGAAACCAAAGACACAUGGAGAAGCAACGUCUCAAAAACGAACGACUGAGCAGAUCCAAGGGAGAGGACUUUUUCAGAUCGGACAGCGACGUGGACAUCAGAGAAUCCAGCGUAUGCGAGUCCCGCCAUUACGAGAUAAAGAAAGCGGCCGACAGAAUAGAGGAGAGCAUCAAGAAAACAAAUUGGGCCGAGAGGAAGACGCUCUCUAUCAUCGAGCAGUUGAAGCGCUCGCAACGUUUGAGAAAAUUAAAAAAGAACGAAAGCGCCGAGGACAUCCAGAUAGAGUCGGACAAACAGUAUUUGUAUAACAGAAUCGACGGUAAGGUAUUAGAAAACGCGUUGAAAUCCAGCCGACGAUCGUCAAAGCUGCACUCGCGAAGCGCCAAAUCCUCAGAGUUUGAAUCCGAAUGUUCGGACUUUCCAAACGGUGACAUGUACAGUAGCUCUCCAAGGAUAGACUACGGGUCUGAGACGCCGCACGGUUAUUAUAAGAAACACGAGGAGAGAAAGGAUGGAGACGGGAAGUCCAGGCCGACGCCUCCGCGCAAGCCGUUGCGUUUGUCGCUGCACAAAGCUCGGAGUGCACAUUCUUUGAUGAACGGUAGCGAGUCAGAGACUCCGAGCCGUCCGCCGUCUGAGGCCACGCACACCGGGGAAUACGACUCGCCGACUAAGAGGCCGGUGAAAAGAACACACGCGGCGGACAAAUGGGCGCGGGAGAGGAUCAGAGAUACCGGCCGAGGGACGCCGAGACCCGCUAGGAAACUCUUAAACGGUUUAAGCACUUGCGACACUCCCGCCGCUGACGACCUGUAUCCGGACAACCAUCACAUGCCCGUGAGAAACGGCAAGUGUACGCCAAGCAAAUGGUGCUAAUGCUGAAACUUCGUUGUUUCUCUAAUAGCAAUUAUAGAAUAUGAGGCUAAUAUUGAAAUGAAUCAAAUUAUUAGACAUAAUCCAGUGAAUAUGAAACUCAUUUGUAAAUACUGCUAGACACUGUAAAAAAUAUGAUACGUAGAGCACCCACCGCGUAAAUACUCACCACAAUAUUAUACACGUAAGUUAAGACGUCUAACUAAUUUACUAAGACAACGCUAUUGCAUAUGUACAAUAAGUAUCUAAGAGUAGAAUAUUGUAUGA